CCUGCUGUAGCCACUAGACGUGACCUGAUCGCUCUGAUGCUGUAUAGAUGAACAACGACAAGCUUCUAAAGUACAAGAACUUAGCCCCAUUUUCACCCAAGAAAGCUCUCAUUCCAACCAGGUAUUUUAAUAAUCAGCCUUCAAGCGAGGAGUAUUUUACUGUCAAAGAGAACAAGCCAGGUUCAUUCCGAAAACGGAGUCCCUCAAUCUCAAUGCUUAAGAAAGAUGUAAAAUUCCAAGGAGCAAACUUAGCUCCCAUCAGUUCCCCGAAAAUCCUCAAAGAUCCAACAAACUUUACCAACAUUACACCUCUAAAAUUUCAGAGAGGUAAUAUGAUGAAUACCAAAGACACCAGAGAAGAACUGAAGAUGAAUGCUACAAAUGGGUUUUUGACAAAGAAAAACUGAGAGAUCCCAACAUAAAAGCACAAAGUCUAUUAACUCCUUCACAAUCAACACGUAACUUGAACAAU